AUGAAUAAAAAUUUAAAAAAAAUUAAAAAAUUGGAAAACGAAGAUAUAUUAGAGACUAUCAGAGAUAUCAUAGAAACUGACAAUGUUCCAAUUUUUAUAAACUACCUUUAUAUAUGUAAAGGAGGGGUUAAUUGCAGUCCAAAUGACUCAAUGGAUUUGUGCUGGGUAUUCUCUAAAAUAAUCUGUAAAUUAACAAGUAUUCAGUGUGAACAAUACUUUAGAAUUAAGGAGAUCAAUCAUAUAAUUAGAUUUUUGGACCAUCCAAAUGUCAGAGUUAAGGAAUGUGGAAUCUCAGUACUUGGGAAUUUAGCAUCAAAUAACAUUCAAACAAGGGAGCUAAUUGUAAGCAACGAAAAAUUAUUUUCAAAGGUUCUUUCUUUAUUUCAAUCAGACUACAAUACUUCAUUCUAUAGGUCAUUGCUUUGGCUAUUCGAGGUUUUUCUUAAAGAUGGUUGGUUAUUCGAAUUUAUCUCAACUGCCGUUGACCAUAUUUAUCAUUUAUAUAGAGACCAGUUUGUUAUCAAUAGAUUAAUAGUAUCAUAUUGCAGAGCUGUUCAUUAUAACAAUAACAUGAAAUAUAUUUCAUUGUUAAUCGAGUCUGGUAUAAUUCAAUUUCUAUCUAAAUAUCUAUUAAACAUUUAUCUAAAGCCAUAUACAAGAAAAAUCAUCAUAACAUUUUUAGAGUACAUUCUAACAUCAAGCUUUUUAAUUUUAAAAAAUAAAAACCGUUUAUCGAAUCCGGUCAUAUUAAUAUUUGAAGAAGAGGAUUUAUUUACAACUAUUAAAUCAUUAUCAAAGAAAAAUAAAUAUAAUUUAAAUAAUAAAUACAUUUAA